UACGUGUUUGACGUUUCCAAAAAAUCAUAACAAAAUACGAGUUCGGUCUGUUGUCCACUUGUUAUCGAUUUGGGCUUGUCGUUUUGAAGGAUUUGUAGAAAACAUGCCCGAAAACAACUAUACCAUUGUUCAGACGUCCGAACAUAAAGACACAUUUUUAUCUGAGCUGCCUUCGUUAUGGAUAAUAAAAAACGGAUGGAGAUCGUAUGGGCCGGACGAUUUAAAUUAUGAUGAUAACGGUAAUGAUCUGUGCUAUUGGCCAAAAAAGCUCGAAAAAUCUAAGAAAGAACCCACUAUCAAACCGGAUCUAAAAGUGUUGCGCGCUUUUCGGUGCAAGAUCAAAAGAAUCAAAUUCUUGAACUAUUCUGAUGCGUUCCGUGAGAUGAAGCUAAUGGAAAUGAAUUCCGACACGGAAGAACACGACACAAUGACGAAAAUGAGAAAAGUCUCAACGGCAGGUGACCCUUUCAAGCAUAUCCAACAAUCAAACCCAUGGCCAUCUCGAGAAUCUGCAGUUUCAAUCCAAGGCGUCCAAAUUGCUGAAAGUCCAUCGUCUGAAUCAAUAAAUGAAUCACAAGGCGAUCUGGAAUGCAACAGUUUAUCACAGUUGAAGAUGAGCGGAAGUGAUAAAAAUCGAUUCCCAGCAUCUGGGCAAAAUCCUUCGUUGAAUAUGUUGAAUUCUGAUGAUGAUUUUACCGAAACACCGGAUCUACUUAGGUUUAUGCAAUCUCUACAUGAAAAGACCGAUAAACACACAAGGAUAAUUGAGGAAUGCAAGCUCGUUGGGAACAGAUCUGUUGCGCUUCUGUCUCAGGUCAAUGCAAAGCUAGAUAUUCUUGCCAAUCAAGUCAACAUUAAACUUGACGCCUUUGGCUCGUAUCAUUCACAUCAAACUGAACCGAUGUGCAUCGAAACAAGGAAUGUUCCGUUGAAUCCAAUCAAAAGUUUCGAGGAAUUUGAAUCUGUUGAGAAAAAAGCAAAUAAUAAACAGUUCAAUAUUUCGGCUCUAUGCAUGGGAAGAACCGAUAAGUUGGUGAAGGCGGAACUGUUUGUCUGCAGAUUGUUGAUUAUUUUUUCGACAGGGAAUUUUUACUGAACUGUUCAUGGACCGGUACGAGUAGACGAUUAGAUAAGAGCAAUGAUUUAAUGAAUGCUUCGAAGAUUUCGUUAGUUGUAUCCGUUAGUGAAAUGUCAGAAUUUUCUUAAACGUUGUUUGAGAAACGCCCAGCAACGGUUUAGAGAAAUCAAAGGUAUCAGAGCUCCGGUGGCAAGAAGGAAGCGUAAGCGAAAUACAAACCAAUCUGUUCUAUUUAGCAUGGCUGACGAAAAAGAGCAUCAAAAUAACGAGAACAAUGAAGAAGAAGAGCAAUUACUGAAGUAUGAAGGACCGGAUGAAAUGGAUAUUACUCAGAGUGAAACUGUUAUUGUCGCAGAAUAUCUUCUUGAAUGAUUCCUUAUGUCUAAUAAAUCUACUGAGCCC